CUGAGCAGUUGGCAACACUGAUGUGAACGCUUCAAACAAAAGCUAGACUGCUGGGACUACCCUACCACUGUCAACAACAUUUCCUUUAUCUACUGCAAUUCUGACGAGUUUGAAUUUCCAAUUUGGCGAAUGAGAAAAACAUAUUGGAAGCUUUCUGUUUGAAUAUAGAGACAAACAGGUUGGCAUAUAAUGACUUGCGUAGCCUAAUAUCACAGUAGCAUGGGUAUGCAAAGCAUUCAGUAACUUUUUGGGCAAUGUAGCUCGUCCAUAGCUAGCUUUGUCAAAAUAGCCUAGCCUAUUGUAAACCCAAAGAAAAUUGCUUGCUUAUCAUAAACUCAUGUUUUUUAAAAUUGAAAUACAAAACGUCAUCGGGUCUAACAUCAAUUCACAGGCUCUCCUUCGAUAUGUUGUUUUUUGGCGAAAAUUAAAACGUUUCAGUUUGUCACUUUCACGAGGUUGAGCUAACUACGUUAGGUCGAGGAGGAUGAUGAUGAUAUCCAAGGGACAGAAGCGCAAAGUCGAUGAUGUCGUGGGGGGCAUGCGUAGCGGCACUUGGGAGAGCCAGCGGCAGUCCGUGCUUGGCAUCUCCCUUGUCAAGUACCACCGCGGGCAGGAGCUGAUGGAGCCUAGUUUGCGUCGCUCCGUGUUGAUAGCCAACACCCUGCGGCAUAUACACCUAGAAAACAAGCCUCCAUAUGGGUUAGUUAACCUGACAGGACCAGUGCCACCCAUGGUCCCAUCUAAACCCUGCACCCACAGGGAGUCUGGUCUGGGUGUUGUAAACAGUGCCUCAGGUGUCAAGGACAAGGAGGAUGUCUGGAUGUCCUCAGAGAGUGACUUCUCCCUGUCAGCUGCUGUCUCCUCCAUUCUGAAAGAACUAGAUUUGACUGUCGAUGGAGGGCGGUCACCUCAGAGGACACCUUUCAGGUCCAUUGAGAACCUACCUGGAGACCUGGGGCUCAAACGGAGCUGGGUGGCUUUUGGUUGCGUGGAGGAGGUUGUGUGUUCCAGCUACCUGCAGGAUGUAAAACUAGAUGAACUUUUCCAUGACAUCGACACAUCAGUGUUUGACAGGGAGAUGGGGGUCCGAGCACUCUGCUGCAGCCAGUGACGAGCUGCUUAAGUACUUACCCUCUCUGUCCUCCGUUCCGUCCACUUCACCCUCUCUUAUCUCUCAACCAGAGCUUCAGGGACCUGCAUGAGCUGGAGCACAUCAUGGAAAUACUGGUAGAGUCUUGAUCACCAGAACUUUGAGGAAAUUGGGACAUUAUAAAGAGAACAAGACAUUGAAAUUGAGUGUUUACUCUGUCCAGUUGAUCACAUGGUUUAGUGAGUGAAAUGCUCUAUUUUUAUACAAAAGAAGAACAGGCUGAAUGAGAGACUAGCCUACUUUUUCUAGUAGUGAUGUUUUAAACGUAAUAUUCCUUAUUCCUAGCUAUAUCAAGAGAUUAUAUUGUGAGAUGUUCCUAAUAGCAAAGCAGUUCAGACUGAUGUCCAAGAAAUGAAUUAGUGGGUAGGUAGGAUUGACUCAGUUGGAAUUUUUGAAUAUCAUUACAUGCCUCAGGCAUCUAUUUAAUUGAAGGUAGAUUACCAUUUUUUAAUGUGUAAAAACAUUAACCUGAGGGGAAAUGUCAUCUUUGAAGAAAUCCCCUUCACUGGUCUUACUCCAGUAAGUAGAGGGUUAAUAUUGAACACAUUCUCACAUCCUUCAAUUGUAUUGGUCAAUAUGUUCUGUAGUAGUAGUCUAACUUGCUUAACCAGUAUGCAUAAUUAGGCUACAUAUUGAGAUGUGCCACUAACUUACAGCUUGCUUUGGCCAUUAGGAAAUACAAAUAUUACCUAAACCUGAGUUACUGGCUGUGAAAUGUCAUGGUCCUUACCAGUAGUUCAAUAUCAGGUUAUAACAGCUGGAGUUAAUAUAGAGGAAUUCCUCAGUUUGGUUCUGUCGUGCGUGCAAUGAUGUCUACGGGGAAAAAUAGUGUUUGCUUGCUGUAAUGUCCCAGACAGAAGUGUCAGUUUCAUCAUUAAGGGUUUUAUUAAGGUCUAUUGUGUGGCAUUUUUAGAAAAUGUCAAACCAGGGUCAGAAAUGGUUCAAAGGAUGAGUUAUUUAUAGAAAAUUCCUAUUUAAAUGUCCAGCUAAAUAUGUGAUCUAUAUGUUACACAAUGGCAGUUUAUAUUUUUUAUAUUCUUGUUUAUAUAAUGUAUUUUGGCUCAAUGCCCUGAAAAAGCAAAUUAUGCUGACAUUUUUCAAUGAAAGACAUGUAAGUGCACUGUCAAAUGUAUGCAAACACAAUGUAAUUUUUUUUUUUUUAUACAUUCUAAAAUUAAAUGGGUUUGUGCCAAUCUUU